GAGAGAGAGCCGAGAGACCGAGAAAGAGACAGCGGCACAGCGCGCGCGCUCUGUGAAUUGCGAUACACAGCCACACACGAGGUCGCCACCGGCAGGGAGCGGUGGUGAAAACAAGCCGGCGGCCUGCCUGCUUGCCUACCUGCCCGCCCGCUUGCGGCGGGGAAAAAACGGGGCAGCACCGCCGCCUCCGCUUCCUCCCCUGCCUGCUCAUUCUCCACCUCUCCCGCUGCACUUUCCGCGCGGUCCAGGAUAUAAACCAGCGCCGGUGAUCUUGGACGCCUUACGAACAAUGGCCGCCAUGGGUGCCUGCUCCAGGUAGCUAAGCUAGCGAGUGGGAGGAGGACGACACGACAAGAGCAAGAGCUGGCUGGAGAGGCGAUCGGAUUCUGGACUGGGAAAUGUGACGACCUGGCUCUAAGGUAUGUCGAUCGAUCAGUGCUCAUGUUCUUUAUGGAUGUGCUAUCGGUACCCUGAAAACACGUUAUAUCGGUUAUAUAGUUCGUCUUGGUUAGAAGAUCAUCUGGAUCUGUAUUUCUUGUUCCCUUUUUCAACAAAAUAGAGUUAAAUCCACGCCCCAGAGAAAGAAAAGUAGUUCGAUUUGUGUGAUGAACUCUUUGUCAAAGCAGACAAACUCUUAUGUGCUCAUGUAGCAAUAGCAGAGCUGUAUGAAGUUCUCUCGCUAGUACAAAGCGCGUGCGCGCACACACACACACACAAAAUUAUUACCUAGAAUGAAGAUCGUCUAUUACAUACACAGAAUUAACUAGUAGAGUAGAUUGUGACAGACUAUGUGUAACGUAGCUGAAGUUUACUACUAGCAGCAUGAAGAGUGCCACGAAGAAAGUUUACUUGGCUGUACGAGACAAGCAAAGCAUAAUAUCUGAAAAGAAUAUACUGAAUUGCUUUUCAAAAAGAAGGAAUUUACCGAAUUAUGACCAAACGAUCCCAACACGAAUCCAGUCCUCAAGGGAUUCAUCUUAUUCGUUUGCUUUCUUCCCUUCCACAACCAUCAUCAAAAUGCUUUGCCCUGCUGCUUUGUUCUUUUCUCUACAAACAUCCAAAGCUCCACGUGAUACAUUGAUUGAUAGUCAUAGAAAGCCAUGUUCAUAUUGCUCUAACACAUGGAGCUUUCGUUACCACCUCUUUAAUCUAUUCUCUCUCUUUAAAGCCAAGCCAAGCAUUGUUAUAUUACACGUAUAUAUUCCUGUUAUCUGGUUACAUUUCUUUUCAAAUACCUUUCACCUCUUUAUGUAUCCCCUAUCCCUGUCUAGACAUUGAAAUUCAGACUCCACAAAUAUGCUGCUUUUGCAGUGCUUGCAAGGAAACUUUGACGCUUCUUUCGCAUUUAAACACGCGAUAAUCAUGAUCAUAAGUUUAUAGCUAGUGAAAGAAAAAGGAUGCUAAAAUGGAAGACACAACGUUGUUUCUUUUUCUUGCAAACUACAACUGUCAGUACAACUGAUUUUGUAGUUAUUAUUAGUAGUUAGUUAUGGACUGAUAUAAAUCCGCGGCACAAAUUUGGUCAAUCCGAGUCAAACCGGAGCACUGUGUCCGAAUCAUCGGUAGUAUUGCCCACAAAGCAAGACAAGAACUCCUUGAGGAUGCAUGAUGCUUUGGCGCAAAGAAACACAUCGUUUGCGUGUGAACCACUCUGUUUUUUUUUCCUUUUCCCUAUGUGUGUGUGCAGGAAGCAGCGGUGGUGUUCUUGGGAUGACGCUUAGCAGCGUGGACACGGAGGCUGGCACGGCGGGGUACGACGCCGGCCAGGCAGAGCGGGGCGGCGGCGGUGACCACGGGACCAACACGGCCGGAUCCUCCGACGAGCGGUGCGGCCGGCUCAUGAAGGACUGGUGCUGCGCCUGCGCGAGGCUCUUCCUCGGGCCCAACCCGAUGAUGGCGCGCUACGUGUACGCGCUCAUCUUCCUCGUCACGAACCUCCUCGCCUGGACGGUCCGCGACUACGGCCACUCCUUCCUCGCCGAGCUCCAACGGCUCAAGGUCUGCCAGGGUGCGCGGUACUGCCUCGGAGCGGAAGGCGUGCUCCGUAUCAGCCUCGGCUGCUUUCUCUUCUUCUUCGUCAUGUUCCUGUCCACCGUGAACACGAGGAAGGUGCAGGAUUGCCGGAACUCGUGGCACUCCGAUUGGUGGCCGGCCAAGAUCGUCCUCUGGAUUGGCUUCACCGCCAUCCCCUUCUUGGCGCCGUCGCCGCUCGUCGAGUUCUACGGGAAGGUCGCGCAUUUCGGAGCAGGGGCGUUCCUUGUGAUCCAGCUCGUCAGCGUGACCAGAUUCAUCACGUGGCUCAACGACUGCUGCCGGUCAGAGAUAAACCGGAAGAGAUGUCACAUGCAGGUUCUUGUGGUCUCCAUAGCCACAUACGUCGGGUCACUCCUGGGGAUCGUCCUGAUGUACGUCUGGUACGCGCCGAGCCCAACCUGCAAGCUCAACAUUCUCUUCAUCACCAUCACGCUCGUGCUCGUCCAGCUCAUGACCUUCGUCUCCAUGAGCUCCAAGGUCAAGGCAGGCUAUUUGGCCUCAGGGCUGAUGGGGGUGUAUGUUGUGUUUCUGUGCUGGUCAGCGAUUAGAAGCGAGCCGCACACGGAGAUCUGCAACAAGAAAGCAGAAGUUGCAAAAAGUGCAGAUUGGGUCAACAUCGCGAGUUUUGUUAUCGCCGUUAUCGUCAUCGUCGCGGCUACCUUCUCGACAGGAAUCGAUUCCAAAUGCCUCCAGUUCAAGAAGGCCGAGGCAGAGGAGGACGACAUCCCCUACGGCUUCGGCUUCUUCCACUUCGUGUUCGCCAUGGGCGCAAUGUACUUCGCCAUGAUCUUCGUAGGCUGGAACGCAAAUCAAACGAUGGAGAAGUGGGCGAUAGACGUUGGCUGGGCGAGUACGUGGGUGCGUGUUGGUAACGAAUGGCUGGCGGCGAUCGUGUAUCUAUGGAUGAUGAUUGCUCCAAUCAUCUGGAGGAGCAGCCAAGUGGGAUCAUCAACGACGUAGACAUGGAUAUUUUUCACCAGUGGUAGUUACCUCAAAAGAGGGCAAAAAUGCAUAAGAAAAAGAAGAGAAGAGAAGAGAAGAGAAGAGAAGAGAAAGGAGUGCUGCUAUAUCAGCUAGGCGUCCAAGUUCCUGAAGGAUCAAGAUGCACUGCUGGUCAGCUGUUUUGGGUACGCAGAAGGUGCAGAGAAAAAGAAAAACGAAGGAGUCAACUCCUUCCUGAACAAGGUGGUGUGGAGUUUAUUAGUUCAGGAUGCUCAUCGUUGUACAGGAGAUCACCUUUUGCUAGCUUGUCGCUGACUCGCUGUUGCAUGCGGAGGGAUUUUUUUAUUCUGAUGGAACUGCAUUGUAUUCCAUUAGACCGAUGGUGCAGCAAGAUCACUGGUCACCAUCGACAUUACAGUAGGAACCAACUCGUGCCACACCAUCACGGCACUCGGUUCCA